UCAGAUUACAUUGUGCACAGAUUCAGCUUAUCAGACAACUUCCUAGGUGCCCUGUCACGCAGCUUGCAGCAAAAAACAUUCAACUAUAACAUACAAGUCCGAGGGUUCAAAACAGAACGAAGUGUCCAUGAUGACCUCAAACGAAAUCCAAACCUUAUAAACAGACUACGUAAGUUCUUCGGGCUGAACACAGCAGAGACUCCAGAUAAACAGUCAGUAAAUCUAGGGCCAGAUGUUGCGCCGCGGCUAGAAAAAUUGCUGAGCGAUGACGCUUCGCAUCUCACGCAUCAGCAGAAGGAUAAGAUCAAGAUUGCGUUUGCUGAGGGUUAUUUGGCAGGCUCGCACCCAGACAACUUGCGCGACAAGAAGCCAUAUAAGUACCUGAGGCUAGUGCAGCAGUUGCUGACCAUUGUCCUAUUCCUCGCCAUCUUCGUGAGCCUAAUGGCCUCAGUCAGCGGCACAGUUUUCCGGAUCCAGCUCGGUAAUCAAGUGGAGGUGGAUCCUGAGGAUAUUUCUGUGACCUUCGACGAUGUCAAGGGUGCCGAUGAAGCCAAGCAGGAGCUUCAGGAUGUCGUGGAGUUCCUAAAGAACCCUGAGAAGUUUUCGUCACUGGGCGGCAAGUUGCCCAAAGGAGUGCUGCUGGUGGGUCCGCCGGGCACGGGCAAGACGCUGCUGGCGCGCGCGGUGGCGGGCGAGGCGCGCGUGCCGUUCUUCCACGCCGCCGGGCCCGAGUUCGACGAGGUGCUCGUCGGCCAGGGGCGGCGCGCACGCGUGCGGGACCUAUUCAAAGCGGCUAAAGAACGGGCCCCGUGCGUGAUCUUCAUCGACGAGAUAGACUCAGUCGGCGCCAAGAGAACCAACAGCGUAUUACAUCCAUACGCGAAUCAGACAAUAAACCAGCUGCUAUCGGAGAUGGAUGGUUUCCAUCAGAACGAGGGUGUGAUCGUGUUGGGCGCCACCAACCGCCGCGAUGACCUCGACCAGGCCUUGCUGCGACCAGGCCGGUUUGAUGUCGAGGUGUCGGUGCCGACGCCGGACUACUGGGGCCGGCGCGAGAUCCUGCAGCUGUACCUGGCGCGCGUGCGCGCGGCGCUGGACGUGGACGCGGACGCGCUCGCGCGACACACCACCGGCUUCACCGGCGCCGACCUCGAGAACAUGGUCAACCAGGCCGCGCUCAGAGCGGCAAUAGACGGCGCUAAAACGGUAACAAUGAAGUACCUGGAAGACGCGCGGGACAAGGUGCUGAUGGGUCCGGAGCGGAGGUCGCGCUUGCCCGACGAAGAGGCCAAUACCAUCACCGCUUACCACGAAGGAGGGCAUGCGAUCGUCGCCUAUUACACUAAGGACGCCCAUCCACUACACAAAGUGACAAUUAUCCCACGCGGCUCAUCAUUGGGACACACAGCUUACAUACCAGCCAAAGAAAGAUACCAUGUGACGAAACAGCAACUCCUGGCCAUGAUGGAUACGAUGAUGGGCGGGCGCGCAGCCGAGGAACUCAUCUUCGGCCCUGAAAAGAUCACGUCAGGUGCGUCUUCGGACCUGAAGCAGGCGACGUCGAUCGCGUGCCACAUGGUGCGCGAGUGGGGCAUGAGCGAGAAAGUGGGGCUCCGCGCCGUCGAGCCGCCGCGCAGCAGCCUCGCGCAGCAGGAACAGUUAGGACCCUGCACCAGCGAGCUGAUGGAUGGUGAGAUCAAGAGGCUGCUGUCGGACAGUUACGAACGUGCCAAGACUAUCCUGCGCACACAUGCUAAAGAACAUCGCGCGCUCGCUGACGCUUUACUCAAGUACGAGACAUUGGACGCGGAUGACAUCAAGGCCAUAAUGAAUGGGGACAAGUUAAAGCUAGAGCGCACGCGUACGAGCAAGGAGCCCGCGGGGCAGGGCGCGGGGCAAGGCGCCGGGCAGGGAGCGCCCGCGUCCGCGCCGCUGCUGCCGCCCCGGCCCGCGCCCGCCUAGCAUCCGGUUAUAACAUAAUGGUCGAGGUGCGCUGAGCAAUACCUUCGAAACACGUACAAACAGUUGAUCAUCAAGUGUCUCUGAAAAUUUUGCAGGACGUCUCUAUGUUGCUAUAAAUGUAAUAAAAAUAAGUAAAAUCCA